UAGAAGGAGGGCCCAGGCCCGACUGCAGAGACUCUUUAGUGUUGGCACCCAGAAACCAGUCCCGGGUCUGGCCAGAGGGACACGGUUUGUGGCAUUUCUUUAGCUGCUCCCCAGAGGGAAAAAGGGCUAUUUGGAACCUGUAGGUCUUGCUUCUGACCCUGGGAGCACCCAGCUUAGACCUCCCCAGUGCUUAACAAGUCUGGGGGGGCUGCCAAUUUUUAACUAGACACGUUGAUCAUUAACAGGGGAGAGAGAGGAGUUCAAACUUAGCCUCACUUGGGGACAUAGGCCAGCUAGGCCCCAGGCUGCCUGAGAGAUGCUGGGUCCCCGAGUAUGGGCCUCUGUGAGGCAGAGGCUGAGCAGGGGCUUGUCUAGGAACGUGAGGGGCUGGGCCUCAGGGGGAGGGAAGAAGAUGGACAUCGCAGGCAUCUAUCCCCCUGUGACCACCCCGUUCACUGCCAACGCGGAGGUGGACUAUGGGAAAUUGGAGGAGAAUCUGCACAAACUGGGUACCUUUCCCUUCCGAGGUUUUGUGGUCCAAGGCUCCACUGGCGAGUUCCCCUUCCUGACCAGCAGCGAGCGCCUGGAGGUGGUGAGCCGAGUGCGCCAGGUCAUGCCCAAGGACAAGCUCCUGGUAGCAGGCUCCGGCUGCGAGUCCACUCAAGCCACUGUGGAGAUGACUGUGAGCAUGGCGCAGGUCGGGGCUGACGCUGUCAUGGUGGUGACUCCUUUCUACUAUCGCGGCCGCAUGAAUAGCGCUGCCCUCAUUCACCAUUACACCAAGGUUGCCGAUCUCUCUCCAAUCCCUGUGGUGCUGUACAGCAUCCCAGCCAACACGGGGCUGGAAAUACCUGUGGAUGCAGUGGUCACACUUUCUCAACACCCAAAUAUCGUGGGCAUGAAGGACAGUGGUGGUGAUGUGACAAGAAUUGCACUGAUUGUUCACAAGACCAGGCAUCAGGAUUUCCAGGUGCUGGCUGGAUCCGUUGGCUUCUUGCUGGCUAGCUAUGCCUUAGGAGCUGUGGGGGGCGUGUGUGCCCUGGCCAAUGUCCUGGGGGCCCAGGUGUGCCAGCUGGAGCGACUCUGCCUCACCGGCCAAUGGGAGGCCGCCCAGAAGCUGCAGCUCCGCCUCCUUGAGCCCAACGCUGCGGUGACCCGGCGCUUCGGAAUCCCAGGGCUGAAGAAGGCCAUGGACUGGCUUGGUUACUAUGGAGGCCCCUGCCGCGCCCCACUGCAGGGGCUGAGCCCUGCCGACGAGGAGGCACUGCGUGUGGAUUUCAGCAGCAACGGCUGGCUCUGAAGGCGAGAAGGCACUACCUGGCCUGAGCCCUCUGUCUCCCUUUGCUCCUGCAGCCUGAAGAGUGAAGAGAAGCAGGGGCUGAGAGGAGGGGCCGGGAGCUUCUCUCCCACCUCACCCCUCCAACCUGCUUCUCAUGAGGCAGCUCCAGGCAGUCUCCCCUUCUUGCGUUUUCUAGCCUCACACUGAUGUUCUAGAUGCCGACUCCCUAAGGACCCGCAGAGUGGGAAGGAGCAAUCUCUUUGCCUCUGUGCUGUGGCUGCUUUCCUCCACCCCAGGGCCCAGAAACUUGAGAGCUGAGGGGAAGAUAAGAGGGCAGUGGGGUUGCGGGGAACUUGAUACUGAAGGAUGAUCAUCUAGCCUGGAGGCCUGAGUCUAGCACUAUGCAGCUGGACGUCAGGGCUACUCCUAAAACCACAAGCUCUGACUCAUUCCAGAGAUGCAGCAGGGUAGGAAAUCUGAUCAGGAAGAUGUUGCUGGUUUUUGGAAGGCCCCAAACUGCAUUUGUCACAAUGCCCUUUCCUAAAUCUAUUUUCAUUCACAGUCUUGUUGGCUUUGAUUCUCACCAUCAAGUGGAUAGACAGCCUAGCGGUGUCAUACUGGUAAAUAAUGACACCUGGUGGGUAAACACCUGCUCUACAAUCUGGAAGACUAAUUGGACCAUCCCUGGUCUGAAACACUAAGGAGGGGGACUAGGCAUGAGACAGAGCCAUCUUCUUGUCUAUGAGCACUCUGCUUAUUAUUAAACAUAAUCAUGUUGUUACUGUAAUAAAGUUUAACAAAUAAAACUA